AUGUUUCUGGUUCUGUUCCGUUUUUAUUUCAAUUCCAGCAUUAAGAAAAACGAACGAGAAAAAAAAGAUUGUCAACAAUCUGAAAAAACUCAACUACGGAAUUUUCUUGCUAGUGCAAACCAUUCCAGUCCAUCUCCUAGUUUAGAAAAUAUUUUUUUCUUACUCGACAGUAAUUCCACUCAACUUUUUCUUCAUUUUUUCAAUUCGGUUCUUUUUCGUUUGCCUAAUUUGUUAAUUCCGGGCCUCAAUAAAAAGUUAUGUAUUGAAAUUGGAAAGAGAAAAAAGUUGGAAACGUCUCUUGAAAGAAGCAAACAAACUACAAAUCUAGUUAUCCAAGUCCAAUCCGAUUUAAAUCAACUUAAAGACAAGCAGGAGAAACAAGAAGAAAAAAUCGGGGAAAAGCGACAACUAACCAAAGAAGAAAAACAAUUAGCUGAAAUCCAGGCUCGGGAACGAAAUAUUUUCAACCACACUAAACCCCAGAACUGA